UACAAAAAUUCCAAUAUUUGAGAAGAAAAAAAAAUUAAAACUACAAAUAAAAUUAUUUGUAGUUUUAUUUGUCCAUUAACAUAUAAAAUAAUUUUCGAGAUAAAGUAUAACAUGUUAUGUUUGGAUUUUUUUUUUUUUUUUGACCAACUUAUUAAUUCUAAGAAUAUACUACGAUACUAUUAAUGCUACGAUACUAAUGCACACCCAAGUACGAUAAAGGAAACACCUGUCACAGCAACCAAUGUUUAUGUUUUAGCGCAGUACUCUUUCAGAUCCUUGGAUGAUCAGAAGUGUUACUAAUUCUCGUAAACGUAUAAAUUAUAAUAUAUCGUGUGAAAUAUUAUAUGCUUCAAUAUAUAUAAUGUGAUAAUAUAUUGUUAAAAAAAAAGUGUUUUCAUUGUUAACUGACAAGUUAAUUAUUUUAUAAAUCCAGUGAAAGUCAAUUUAAUAUAUUUUAUUGAACACGAUGUUAGAAACACGUUCUGCCGUAUUUAAAAUAAUGAAAACUAACGCUCAUGAGGAACGACAGAUUAAAAAAUGGCCACCCCCAUUUUCUUCGGAGAUAACUCCUUAUUGCGAAAGAGAUUUUGACGAUGUCGUUAAACGAACCUGUGCAGAAAAAUCUCUUACCCUUCGAAUAUCGAAAGUGAUCGUCAUUGGAGACGUAGCAGUCGGAAAGACGUCAUUAGUAAAUCGAUUUUGUCAUAAACUCUUUGAUAAUAACUAUAAGGCGACUAUCGGAGUAGAUUUCGAAGUCGAAAGAUUCGAUCUUCUUGGCGUACCAUUUCACUUGCAGAUAUGGGAUACGGCUGGACAAGAGCGUUUUAAAUGUAUCGCUGCUUCUUAUUAUAGAGCGGCUAAUGCGAUAAUAAUAGUCUUUGAUGUGGGAAAUUUAAUGACUUUGGCACAUUGUCAACAAUGGUUAACGGAAGCAUAUAAAAGCAACACUAAUCCUUGUCAUGUUUUUCUAAUCGGUACAAAAAGAGAUUUACUGUCGAAUCAAGUGUACGAGAUAAUCGAAAAUCGAGCAAUAGAUGUGGCAAAACGAAUGAGAGCCGAAUAUUGGACAGUUUCAGCAAGAACAGGAGACGGUGUGGCAGAAUUAUUUGCAAGGGUCGCUGGUUUAUGUUUUAAUUCGAUGGUUUUACGAGAAUUGGAAAUUAAUAAAACAAUACCAAUGAAUAUCGGCUCGGAUCUAAUAACAUUGAAAAAUAAAUCUAUGGAAAACAAAGAAAAAAAGAAAAACAUUGUAUCGAAAUGUUUUGAUUGUUCCAUAUAAAUAAAUAUAUUAAUUUCAAUGAAUUACAAAUGAUUGACGAAAUACAUUAUAAAAUGUUACAAACUAUUAAAUAUGUAAGUUGAUUCGAUUUAAUAAUAAAAUUAAAUGAAAGAUAUUUCUAAAUGGAAUUAUUUGAUAAAUUUCAAAUAAGCCGCGCGCGUUCAUGCAGAUUGUUACUUCCGGUAAUUUCCAAGACGAACUGCCGAGUGUAAAAACCGAACUAAACCGAACUAGUAUUGCUUCUUCUUCCCAUCUUCACGAAGAAAAAGAGGAAGAAAGAACUAAUGGGAUCGUUUAUCGUUUACGAAAAACUUCAAAACGCACAAGUGAAGCGAGCUUAAAAUUGUGUUGUGUGUCGGCUUGUAAAUUCAGUAUCUCGAAAGUAAGAACCACACGCUCGGCAACCUUCGGCAACCUUCCGACCGUGACACUCGAUUUGCCAUCAUUGUCGAUCGUAAUUCGUCGCAACUGAAAUUCUUUUCAUUUGCCUCCUGUUAUAUAUUCUCCUUCGGACGCACGAAUAUAGACAGACAGACAAUAAUAUCAUACUAACUAUUAUCGGUCUAGUUUUCCAAUCUUAAAAAGUAAUAAUUUCAAUAGGUCCGUUAAUUAAAUCGUGAUCAAAUUUUUCAUAGAGGAUCCAUCAUUAAAUCAACUUCAAACAAGAGUUAUACAGCAUCACGUUAUUUGUACAUUGUCCUUCCGUACGUGAUUCGCAAACUCGUUAACCGUUCGAAUUUUGAACUAACAGUGUUUCCUUGGUACAGUGUCGUUUCUAAAGAGAAAAAGAAGAAAAAAACAAAAAAAAAAAAAAAAGGAAAAAUCAGAAGAAAGAAGAGGAAAGUCACAUGGUGAUCGAAUAUUUUGUGAAAAUCAAGAAAGA